UCCUGACCAUGCACUUGAAACCGUGACCUUUAAACUCCGGUGUAGUACGUGUUUUAUUACUUUCCAUAAAGAGAUCGAGAGCUCAUGACCACCAUGCGGAUCCACCCGGAGCAGCUCUCCAGAAGACCUCUUCCCUGGGGAAGUUCACACGUCCCACUCUGCAGCCUGUGAUUGAACCUGUUUGUUCUCAGUGACUUUAAUCAGUUUAACUUAAUGCAUCAUGCGAGACUGCAGCAGCACAUGACCUAGACGUGUGUUCAUGAGUUGGUGAAGCCCAAAGUGUUGUCACCGAGCUCCUCUGUCGGGGGUCUUCCUGCUCACCUGCAGCCUCUGCGCGGCCCCCGCGGCGGUCAGGAUGGGGACACCGGGAGCGCUGCCUGCUUGGAAAGCCACGAUUUUCUUCUUUAACUUAAUCUCCGCCGCUGUGGCCAAAAGACACGUCGUGUAUUGGAAUUCUACCAACGCAAGGUUGACGGCAGGAGAUCUGUCCAUCCAGGUGAAUCUGAACGACUACCUCGACAUUUAUUGCCCACACUACCCCGACAAGGGCCCCGGGCAGCCGGAGACGCUGGGCCUCUACCUGGUGGGAGAGGCCUCUUUCCAGGGCUGUGUGGAGACCAGAGGGGCCAUCAAGAGGUGGGAGUGUAACAACCCCCAUGCUGCGUUUGGACCAGCGCGCUUCUCUGAGAAGAUCCAAAGAUUCACCCCCUUCUCGCUGGGGUUUGAGUUUCUGCCGGGGCGCCACUACUACUACAGCUCUCUACCUGCAGAUGAAGGCCCUCCUCUGCCAUGUAUGAAGUUGCGUGUCACCGUGUGCUGCGAGCCCACAUCAGAGGGUUCAAAACAAAAACAAGAAACUGUACUUGGAAGUAGGGGCUCCUCCCUGAGGACUGCUUCACCUCCUCUCCUCCUCGUCCUCGUCCUCUUGCUGUUGGCUACCUGACUUCCUCAUCCGUCCUCACCGCUGACCUCGCACCCUUUCUCCCUCAGAUCGGGAGAUUUGUACUCGGCCAUCAAGUACACAAUGCAAUCUACACUCAGACACUGAAUGAAUCUAUGUUAGGUUUCCUCUUACCUUGUGGCUGGUUUGCCUGUGAAAUCCCAGGAAGACUCUGUUUCUCCUCCAGAAUGUUACUCAGGGAGCGACGCGCUGAUUCACAGGGAUUCAUUUCUUGUAAUGUUCUUCUGCCGCCAGUUGUGUACGCAGUAACACCGAAUAUUACACGUGGAGCUCGGCCUGGUCAUAAGACCACUCCGGGGCCAGAAGAACAAUAAUGAGUUUGCCGGGAAGCAAGUUUUUUCUCGCUUUCUCAUCUGUUUCUCAUUUUUUCUGCUCAUUGUGUUGUAUUUACUUCUUCUUGAGAACCGGUGGUGUUAAAAAGUGGCCACAUGAACACAAGCUACUGCACUGGUUCAGGUUGGUCUGUCGGCUUUAUUUCUCGACAAGGUGAUGCCUACAGAACUCUCUGUAACUGGUAACUGUAUUAGCUGCAUCUGAUUAAGAUGCAUGUUUUUAACUAAUUAGAUUUCGGAAAUAAAGGUGUUUUAGGAGCAAUUGGGGACUAUUCUGAAAUCAUCGAGCAGGGCUGCUGCGCCCCCUACUGGGAUUAAACUGGUUGAACUGGAGUUGGACUGGGUUGGCCAUGAACUGGACACAUAGGCUUGACACUAGUGCUGUAUGUAAUAAUGGGACCUGGGACAGAGUUGGUCCUCUCUGAUUGGACCCCCCUGUUGUUCUGCCUCCCCAUCCUUCUCUGCUUCAGAAUAAAGCGCAGAACAGAGGGGGUUAUGGGUAAAUGGAGAGCAUCGGCUCGGCUCGCUCCACUGAACACGCUGCGGACCACUGAGGAGGCUGAUUGGUGACCAACCAGGUGUGAAGAUAUGCACACAAGCUUUUUUGUUCUGUUUGUUGACAUUUUUGUUUUUUUACACAGAAUCCUUCAUUUAAGGUUUUAUUGUGUGGUUAAUAUAUUCCACAAAAUGAGAUGUGUUAACUACAUAAUUCAAUAUUUUGAUCUAAUUAACUGCAAAAGUCUGACGUACACAAACAAUGAUUUAUAUUCUGGAUAUAUAUGCAUUUACUGGUAUUAUCAAUGUGCUCUGCUACAAUGUAGUUUCACAAAAUAAAUGGAUUGAUUUUUGCCCAAAAUCUUUUUAAGAAAUCGCUCAAAUUGGCAUUGAUUGGUUGUCAUAGAUUUAUUUAGGGGACAUUUUUGGGAAAUUCAAGAUAUUUUUCAUUGAAGUUUAUAUAAUUAUACAUUUAGAUAAUUAUUUCCCAAGAAUUUGAGUGACUUGAGCUCAGAAAAAGUUUAAUAUUUUUUUAAACAAUGUAUUCUGUCUUUAAAAAAAUACUACAUUGUUGGCACUUAAUAUAUUUGUCCUUUUGCUGUAAACCCCACCAGUCAUGCUGUUUUUUUAAAGUCAUGUUUUUUUUACGUCUAUUUCCUAAAUGGGUAAUAAAAACAAUGUCUGAAAAUACAGAAUAAUGUCAAAGAUUGACAAGACCUUUACAAUAAUGAUUUUCCUUUUCUUUACGUGUGUGUAAUGUUCUGCUUUCACAUUUUAGUGAAGAAUGUAGCUUCUUCUGUGAAGAGCCAACUGCAAUCUGAGCCUUUUUUUGUAUGUG